AAAAGGAGAAGGAACCAGUUAAGUGACUGAUAAACUGCAUAAAGACUUUGAGACAACAGAACAACCACGACACACAGGACAACACAAAUGCCAAGAUACUGCACAGAGAGACACAGACUCCUUGACAGAAAACGUUAGAACUGAGGAUGCUGGAGAACGUCACAGGUGAUGUGCAAAAUGACACCUUCUCCUGCCACCACCCCUCGGUGGAGGCCUACCGCUACUUUGGCGUGCUGUGGGGUUCGGUAGUUACUAUAGUUGGAACGGUGGGGAACAUGCUUACCAUUCUGGCCUUCGCCACGGACACCCGGCUGCGGACGCGUUUCAACGUGCUGAUAGUGAACCUGGCCCUGGCGGACCUGUUGUACUGUACCCUGCUGCAGCCCGUCUCUGUCGACUCCUACCUACACCUCCGCUGGAGGGGCGGACCUCUCUGGUGCAGCAUCUUUGGCCUCCUCCUCUUUCUCUCCAACUCUGUCUCUAUCAUCACCCUGUGUCUGAUCGCGGCCAGCCGUUACCUUCUGGUGACGAAGCGGGAUGUGUUUGAGCGGGUGUUUUCUGGUCGAGGCCUGGCUAUCCUCCUGCCCUCCACCUGGGCCCUGGGCCUGGCCAGCUUCGGCCCGCUCUGGCCCGUUUAUGUAUUUGCCCCACAGGUGUGCACCUGCAGUUUCCACCGCACCAGGGGGCGCCCUUACACCACCGUGCUGCUAUUCUUCUACUUCUUUAUCGGCCUGGGCUGUGUGGGGAUUUUCUACCUGCUCAUUUACAGGCGAGUCAGGGUGGCGGCACUGGCACUGGUCCGCUACCGGUUUAGCCGACGCUCGUCACAAAAGAAGCCAAACUCAUCAGAACAAGGGACGGAGGGGGAUAGUGGAGUCGGGAGCGGGGUGGCCACCACCCAGAGCUGUGAAUUGAGCAGCCAGGCAGAACUAACCCAAUACAAGGGGGUAGAGGUGAAGGUGCACCCUGGGAAAGCCCAGUCCUCCCACUCCACCUGGGGCUCUGCUAUAACUUCGCAUUCAGCUCACCUAGCAGGGGCACAGGAGCUAACCCCUGCCCUCAACCCUGUGCCCCGCUCGGCCACUCCUGCCCCCAUCACUGCCCCCUCCUCCUCCACCACCUCUUCAGGGGACAAUGUUGAGUUUAGACGUGUGACCCGGAUGUGUUUCACUGUCUUCCUGUGUUUCGUGGGCUGUUUUGUCCCAUUCCUGCUGCUGAACAUUGCUGAUAAGCAGAACCGUGCACCUCAGGUGCUCCACAUGUUCUGUGCCAACCUCACCUGGCUCAACAGUUGUAUUAACCCUGUGCUCUACGCUGUCAUGAACCGCCAGUUCGGACAGGCCUACCGGGCCCUUCUAGUCAGGGCCGCCACACCCUUCACACACCUCUGGACACGGUGACCUAUACAUGUUGGUUGUUUAGUAGAUGCAGUUAUUCAGAUUGACUUUAGUCAGUGUAUUCAAUUAAGGUACAUAAGACAACCACACAUUGGUAAUUAUCACUCACUUUUCUCAGCCCACACUGGUAUGGAUGGAGCUACUUCCUCCUGUCUAACUUCCUCUCCUCCUUCCUGAAUAUUACAUUUACUGUCACCUAGCAAGGGAAAAAUGAGCUUUUCUGUGAUUUUUGGAAAGGGCAAAUUUAUUUUGGGCUAAGAUUAUGCUCGUUUUUUUCCCAGUUACAAACACCAAUGUACAGUUACUGUUAAGCCUUUGUCCCCGUACAUGAAAUAGCUUUCAGAGCGGCCAUAUAAUGUGGUCAAAUCUCAUCAGGAAAUCUAUUUUAUUCCAGCAGGAAGCCAGAAGCCACCAAUAGGGAGAUAGUUAUGCAAAGAACUAUAGCCUCCUUUACGUCUUGUGUUUAUUUAUUGUCUGUGCCAUUGUACUUUUGUCUGUUCAUUUACACUCCCCUACGGUACAUGUGUAUUUGGACAGUAAUGAUACAUUUUUUAAAUCUGGCUCUGUACUCCAGCAUUUUGGAUUUGAGAUCAAAUGUUUCAUAAAAAGUGACAGCACACACAGACUGUCACCUUUUUAUUUGAGGGUAUUUUCAUACUUAUCUGAUUUAAUGUUUAGAAAUGGAAGCACUUUAUAUAUCUAGUCCCCCCAUUUGAAGAUGUCAAGUAUUUGGACACAUUUCCCUUCGUGUAUUUAAAUAGUCAGAAGUUUAGUAUUUGGUCCCAUAUUCCUUGCACACAAUGAUUACGUCAAGCUUGUUGGAUGUGUUUACAGCUUGUUUUGGUUGUGUUACGGGUUGUGUUUUGGUUGUGUUACGGGUUAUGUUUUGGUUGUGUUAUGGGUUAUGUUUU